CCUCUCCCUGGAUUGAUUGGGUCAGGCCAAUCAUGCCGAUUGAGCCAAAAAAGGUGCAAUGGAGGUCUGGCAAUGGUGAAAGCGGGCCUGACGCCAAGAGAGCAAAGAUGGAUUCUGAUCGUGCAGCACCACCGAAGCCCUCUUCCUACUUGCAAGAAAUGAGGCGGUAUCAGGAGAAAGCUUGUGGGGCGGAAUCGAGCUACACCCGUCCCCUUCUGAAGUAGAGGUUGGUCUUUGCGUUUAGAGUUUUUUUCUCUCUUAUUUCCGCGCCAGCUCACGUGUCCCUUCGACAAAUCAUGCAUGUGAAGUGUAGUGAAGUUGCUCUGUGUCCUUUGGGAGAGUGCAAGGGGACGGGGAAUAUGUGUGGGUGAGUGAGUGAGAGGUCAGAUGGGCAGAUGUGAGGGUUGUUUUGAAAUGGCACGCAGUUUGCCGGUGAUUGGGAACGAGGAGGUACGCUCACCCUAUUCCUUUGGAUUCCAUGCUUAAACAAAGGCACACAAAGUUUGUACAGAAGUUUUCGACCUUUUCUACGUUUCAAAAAUAGUUGUUUACGUCAUUUAUCUAGUUACGUUUAAUUUCCACAAUUCUCUUGCUCUCCUGAGAACCUCUUCGGUGCUGCUUUUCCUGCUUUUCCAGCAUGUGUAAUUGCGUGUGCAGCGCUGCUGAUAUUUUGCUUCUUUCUAACCGGCACUUGUGUUCUAUUUUGACAGAAACUUUGUCGUUUGUUUCGUCUACCUCAGUGAGUUUGCUUUGUCCAUCAAUCAAGAUGUGAUCAUUGUCAAUUUCGCUGUUCCCUGUCUGAUCUGAAUCUCGCCAUGCUGAAGUCACACGUAGUGCUAGUUCACUUGUGCGCUCUCUUUUUGAAUGCUUUCUUGUGGCUGUAAAACAAAUUGUACUCCUGGGCAUGGAAAAUGCCGAAGGUCGAAAAUUGCAAGUGUUGCAAAUGGGUAUGCUUUUUUGGUGGCACUUUCCCUAAUGCCCACCAACUGCUCUGUGUGCAUCUUAAAGGGGUUCUCAUGGCAGAGGUCAUCACAGAGAAGGGGGAUGAAUCCCUGCAAGAGAGGCAGCUGAGUGCACGAGGCCAGCCCAUGCGAGAUGGGCAGCAGAGUGCACGAGGCGGGCCUCUGCAAGAUGGGCAGCACAGUGCACGAGGCGGGCCCUCGCAAGAUGGGCAGCAGAGUGCACGAAGCCAGGCCAUGCGCGAGGGGCAGCAGAGCGCACGGGGCCCCUUACAAGAUGGGCAGCCGAGUAAACAUGAUGACCAAGAGCCGAGUGCACCAGGGGCGUCUACGCGUGAGGGGCAGCAGAGUGCACGAGGCAACCCCCAAGAGGGGCAGCGGAGUGCACGGGGUGGUGCUCUUCAAGAGGAGCAGAGCAGAGAUGGAUCAGAAAUGGGUUCUCGCAGAACUAGUAGCCUUGGAGAUGCAAGUGAGGCCUCCCGUUCAAAUGAUGAAUUGGUGACAGAGAGAAAGCCUCUACCGACAGGUCCGGCAGACCAGGACAUGCGGGUGGAUGAUGGCAAGGACUUCACUGGGGACGACUUUCCAUCCGCCGAGCCUCCAAAAUCCGCCAGAUCGGUGAGAAUGUCUGAUGGACAUUCUGGAGGUGCGGCUGAUAUGGCGAAUUCCUUGCCCCCCUUGGAACCGCCGAAAUCCAGUAGGUCGCAGAGGAGUGCAGGCGCACGUUCUGGUGCUGAGACGGGCAGAAAAAGCGGUGCUGCUACUCAGAUUGAGAUGAAUGAGGAUGAAGAGGAGGAUGAAAACGAGGAUGGUGAGAAUGAAGAUCCGAAUGCUAAUUCCGCCGGUCUUCCCAGGGCAGCGGGUGCUUCUGAGGCGAUAUCUCAAGCAAGUUCUGCCAGGUCAGGGCGUCGGCAGUGGGGUCCACCAGUGGGAAAGCUGCAUCUUGGUGACAAGAUGCAAACUGAUCAACAGGAAAAUAGUUCUCGGGGAAGGAGAGUGAGUUGGAGUCGGGCUUCCGAUACCAGUUCUGAGAUGAGUUUCAGAACCCGCAACAUUGUUGAGAACUUCCGUGUAAACCUGAAGAGCAUGCGGAACUGGGGAGAAGACGACACUUCAAUGCGGUUGGCAUUUGAGCAAUUAGACAACCUGGCAGAGAAUACGAAAACAGUGCAUAGUGCUCUUGAGUCGAACCGCGUCAUGUUUGAGCAGCAGCUGCUGGCUGCGAGGAGACGUCGUGUUUGCAUUGCAUUCAGGGCAUGGUGGAACGAAACUCAGAGAGCGCAGAAAAGGCGGCAUGCUGCCAAACAACGGUUCGUUAUGGUGCUGAAGCUGAAGACGGCAAAGAUUAUGCAUGCGUGGAAGGAUCUGACAGCAUCGCAACGAAAAGUCUGGCGUCUCGAACCGUCCGCAUUGAAAUUGAUGGGCCAGCACUGCCUGUGUCGGGUGUGGGGGACUUGGAGACGGAUGACCAUGCAGACCCAGUUCAAGCUGGAGUUAGAAAGGAGAGAAGAACAGCUGGCAUUGGUGCUAGAGGAGAGAUGGCGAGUCGGUGUUUUCAGGCGGGGAAACAAUGUCCUCUACAGGCGACGACUUUCUCGAGCAUUCAAGGCAUUCAAGGAAGGUGUUGAGAUAAAAAAGGCGAAGGCGAGCUUUUCGCGCUAUGCCAUUCGGUUGCUCCAGAAAGGCAAGAAUCACAGGAUCCUCCAGGCUUGGAAGCAAAUUGCAGAAUUUAAGGCGAUGAAAUCUCGAUGGGGCGAUGCAGUAGCGGUUAAGCUGAGAAAGAAGAAGAUGCAGCGUAUCUUCCUUGCGCUGCGUCAUGUGACUGCGCAGCAGAGACUUACGAAGCACUGCAUACAGUGGUUCAGGCGCAGGAGAAUGCAGAGAGCCAUGCGCCCAGCAUUUGCAGCCAUGGCUGCAGCAGCAGGGGUUCGUAAAGAAAAGAACACGAAGCUCAAGUACGUUCAGUCGCGUCUGGACCGUGGGAGAAUGGCGAGGGCAUUCCGUGCCAUGGCGCAGGUGUGUUCACGACAAGCAAUGAGGAAGAAGGUGGCAGCUAGGGCGAUCAAGAGGAUGCAGAGAUGGCGACUAGCAUUGGCAUUCCGUGCCUGGGUCCUCGUCAUGCAGAUGGGUGCGGAUGGGAAAGUCUGUAAGCUGGGGGAGCAGUUUGAGCAACUGCAAAAUGAGAAUAAGAGUUUGAAGGCCGAUGUAGCCCGCCUUGCCCGAAUCAUUGACGCCCGCGAUUGGAAUAAAGAGAGGGUUGCGGAGUUAGUGAAAGCUGGUGAAGUGCUUGCCGGGGAAAGGGCGGCACUCACAAAGCUUGUAGGGCGGUUGCGGAGGGAGCAGAUGGAAGUCGAAGGACGACGGAAUGAACACGAGGAUGAGAUUCGUAACAUCAAGGACCGUCUCCUCAGUGGGAAUUUUGUGCAGCGGAACAAGCUGCUGGUGAAGGGUGCCUCCAGCUUCAAUUCUCUGGUUCGGGCACUGAAGUCAGAUGUUCUGGCGUCAGCAAAUGCGAGAUCAGAGCCAGAGCUGUUGUACGCAGUCGACAAACUCUCCAUGGACCAGAUCUCUGUCUUUCCUGACGGUGAAUUACAUGUGAAGGCAAUAAAGGAUGGAAAGGAUGGCACUGCUUUGCCGAUCAGACGAUUGAAGACCAGACACCAGCCUCGCAGACCACCACCAGUGACAACAGCAGCCACAGCAGGCUCAGUCACUCCGACGCGAACAGUGUCUCCGUAUCCAUUGCAACCUCGAGAAAGGAUUUCGCAAAGAGAACCCGUGAUGGUGACAAGUGCUCCGCAAGGGUAUUUGGAUGACGGAUACUUUCCGGCUGAAAAGCCGUGGGCAGCUGGCAGCUCGCGGAAUUCAGAUGUGUUGCCAGAAAACAUUGACGUGAACAUGAGACAGAGAUCAACACCAGAUUCACAGAGCACCGGAGGGGCGCAUGUGAUGUGGGCUUAUGAGGUGGAGGAUGCUGGUCGCAGUGCAAGGGUAACAUCCUACGAAAACCCGAUAGCCACAUCAGGGGUCUACACCGUGUCCGAGGGCCAAUAUUCCAUGCAGGAGCAGCAGGUUGAACCAACCCGAGGACACAACGGCAUCGGUAGAGGGAGCAGGACGGAGGAUGUGGAGGAGAGAGGUGAUCUUGAAACAACAGCGAGAGCGGAUAGCCGGUUGCGUGCAAGAGGUCCAUUGCCACCCAGGCCCAAGAGACCGGCCAGUGCAGGGGCAGUUUCUGGAAGACGGGAUAGCAGAGACUCGUGGUUCAGCCAUGAAGGUAAGAGGCCAGUGUUGAUGUCGGCGCCAUUGCCAGAAGACAGAGGGGCAAGCCGCACACAUGUGACGGAUGUGUCAACCUCGGCUUCGGGACCAUGGCAAGCAGGGCGGGCUUGGAGCCCUGCGAACUCAACAGAAUCAUUGUGAAGGACACUGGUUUCACUUUUGUGGUGGCAAGACUCUGUUAAACACCGGCACCAUUGCGAGAAGACAGAGGGGCAAGCCGCGCCCAUGUGAUGGGCGUGUCAACCUCAGCUUCGGGACCAUGGCGAGCAGGGCGGGCUUGGAGCCCUGCGAACUCCACAGAAUCAUUCUGAAGGACACCGGUUUCACUUUUGUGGUGGUGAUGUCCUGCUAAACGCCGCCAGUACAUUGCCCAGGAAAACUCGAGAGUUCUGUCCGAAAAUUUUGGGCGCUCGGGUCUACCGGACCACAAUGGCUGAUGGCGCCAGCCAAAAACGGA